AUGGCCUCCUCGCGCAAGAGACCAAGGGCGUCCGAUGCCGACCGCCAGGACAGGGUGCAGGAACGGAAGGAGGAUAAGGAUAACACCCGAGCCGAAUGCCCAUUCCAAGUCCACAUUGUCGACCCCGUGGUGGCAGAGAAGAAGAAGAACAAGAAGCGCAGACGCACGGUCGGAGGCAAGGCCGAGUCGAUCGACGACGAGGACACCGACCCAGCGGAUAAGAUCCACUCUCAGCCGUCUCCCUUUCAUCCGUCGGGCAAGUUCAAGACGUACCCGAACAUGGAUGUACACUACAAGGUCGAGCCGGCCAAGGAUUGGACCGACAUGACGAGGUACAACAGCUUUGUGUUGAAUAAUGUUAAAUACUAUGCAGAGAACUUCAUCUAUGUCGCCAAUGACCUGAGCAUAAAGAAAAAGGACCCAAAACAAGGGGAAAAGGGACCGAACGACGAGGCAACGGCCCCGAUACAAAGGCGGGACACCGAGUGGGUCGCCAGGAUUCUCGAAAUCCGCGCUAGGGACGAGCACCACGUCUUCGCCAGAGUUUACUGGAUGUACUGGCCUGACGAGCUGCCGGCCAAGACGCGAGAUAGGAAAAGGAUUGUGGAGGGGAGACAGCCGUAUCACGGGACGGGCGAGCUGAUAGCGUCUAAUCACAUGGAUAUCAUCAAUGUGGUCAGCGUUACCGAGCCCGCGAUUGUAAAGCACUGGUUUGAGGAGAACGACGAGGAGACGCAGGAUAGUCUGUACUGGCGACAGGCCUAUGAUGUGCGAUCUCAGGAACUCUCGACCGUCGAACUCGUAUGCGGCUGCAACACCCCAGCGAACCCUGACAAACUGCUAGUCGGCUGCUCUUCAGAAUCAUGUAAGAAAUGGUUACACGAAGAAUGCAUCAAGGACCAAGCCUUAAGGGCAACCUACGAGCGACUUGGCACCGACAAGCCUCACAUCCCAGUAAAGGAGGAGAAGGUGGACAAGAAAGAGGAGGACGAGGACGACCAGAAAGAGGAAAGCAAAGCCAAGACGGAAGCAAACGGCGACACGCAGCAGCAGCAGCAGGAACGAGGAGAAUCCGUGGACGUCAAAGCCGAGAAGGACACUACGCGAACCACCAACGGUAGCAACAACAGCAACGGCAACCGCGCCCUCAAAGCCGACAGCGAAGAUGAUGCCAAACCAGCGCCUUCCGAAGACACGCCCGACGCCGAAGCCGCAGAGGACGAGUCGACCGCCUCCGGACUAGCAUUACGUUCAAGAAGAACAAGGACAGCAAGCGCAAAGGCAUCCAGAACUACCACUCCAGCACCAGGAUCAACGACGACGACAACAACAACAAUAAUAAAAUCAGAAGAAGGGCGAAAGAAACCCGGCCGACCCCGCAAAAAGGCUUUAGUUCCCCCUCCUCCUCCUCCUCCUCCCGGAGGAGCCAGAGCUAAAGUGACCAACAAGGAAAGACCAUGGGAAGGAUUAUUUGCUGUCACGCUCGAAAUGAACGGGACGCCGUACCUGGAGUUUACGGAUCUUCGUGCGGAUGUGGUGGCGAGGGGCGGAGCGAAGACGUGGACGGAACCGAUUACGUGUUUGGUGUGUGGUGUGUUGGUUAAUUAG